UACACCUUCGAGCAAUACAAAGCCGACUUUGGCAAGAGCUAUGCGCCCCAGGAAGACGACGAGCGCCGCGUCAUCUUCGAAGCUCGACUGAAAUCCAUCCUCGAACACAACACAAACCCCUCCACCUACAAGAAGGGCGUCAACGCGCUGACCGACCGCACGGACGACGAGCGCCGGGCGCUCAACGGACGCGACAAGGCGCUCGCGGCUUCGCGGCCGCGCGCGGCCCUCGCCGCGCCGGCGCCUCUCGCCGCUCUCCCGACGACGUUCGACUGGCGCGACCGCCGCCCGAGCGUGCUAACGGCCGUCAAGGACCAGGGGCAAUGCGGCUCGUGCUGGGCCUUCGCGUCCACGGAGACGAUCGAAUCGCACGUCGCGCUCAACACGGGCGAGCUCGUGGAACUGGCGCCGCAGCAUUUGGUCUCCUGCGCGGCGAACGUCUACGACUGCGGCGGCACGGGCGGCUGCGGCGGCUCCAUCGCUGAAUUAGCGUUCGAAUACGUGCAGACGCACGGCAUGGCUACCGAGUGGACCUAUCCCUACACGGCGGGCCUCGACGGCAAGUCGGGGUCGUGCCGCUACAACGCGAGCUCGCCCAUCCCGAAGGCCGUGACGGUAUCGGGAUACGAGCGCGUCGCUUCGAACGACGAGGCCGCGGUGCUCGCGGCCCUCGUGUCCAAGGGCCCGCUGGCCGUCAACGUCGACGCGGGCGGCUGGCACGACUACGAGAGCGGCAUCUACACGGCGGAGAAGAAGGACGAUAUUGAUAUCGACCACGUCGUGCAGCUCGUGGGUUUCGGCGCCGACUACCUGCUGAUCCGCAACAGCUGGGAUACCACCUGGGGCGAGGACGGAUUCAUCCGCCUUGCGCGUACGAGCGCAUGCGGCACGGACACGACGCCGCUGGACGGCACGGGCUGCAAAGGCGGCAACGCGACGCAGCACGUCUGCGGCACCUGCGGCGUCCUCUUCGACGCGAGCUACCCCGUC